GUAAACGUCACAAUGUAAACGUCACAGUGUAAAUAUUGCGGGUGAUUCGCGCGUGUUUUUUCAGUCGAAACGUGUAAUUUACGGAUUUUUUUUUAAUGUAAUAAAAUAUAAUCGGUUAAAUUAAAUUCUAUGAUUUAAUAAAAAUAACAAGUGUGUACGGUAGAAGUUACUUUUAGUUAAUUUGCUAAUAAAUAUUUCUAUAUGCAAUUUACCUAAAGGAAACUUCUUAGUUCUGAAUGAGGAGUUUGAAUCUUCCCCGAAAUUUUAGACACUCCUAGACCGAGAAAGUCAAAGGAACCGGACCCCUAAUUGUCUCUUGGCAAGAAAUCAAAUUUAUAAUGAUAUAAAUAAAUAAUUAAUUAAAUAAAACAAACAAACAAACAAACAAAAAGGCAAAUUGUCGGGCCAAAUUUUAGAUAGGCUAAUUUCGGGAGGUCGCGUGUAGGCUUCGGUUCCUUUGACUUUUUUUACUCCCGGCCUGGUCUCCGGCUCUCGUAAGGUAAGAUGUGAAUUCUGAAUGAGGAAUUUGCCACCCCCAGAAUUAAAGACCGUCUGUGAGAUAUUCACCUUCGAGAAUAUUCGGAAUAAAAAUGAUCGUCGAAAAUGUGAGAUUUGCAAUGUUUUCUGAAACCGAAUGUUUAUCAAAAUAUUUACAUCGGUUCAGAUGCGACUGUACACUCUUCAUAAAAGAGAAUUUGUGUUGCUUUUCUUGGUGUUUAUUGCCCUUUAUACUCUCUGCGUGGUUAUCGGUCUGGCCGGACCCUCCACUUCAAGCACCGUCUCUCUCCAUGCUACGGAUAUCAAACCCGAACUUAAUAGAUCGAUAAUGGCGACAGGUCCAUUUCUUCUUAAAUCGCCUACAUUAUCUGCAUACAGUCAACAAUUGCAAGUUACUGCACAAAUUAUUAUAUUGAAUGAAGAUGAGGAAGAAACCUUUGACAAGACAUUUGACGUAAAUGUCGUUGUUUACGGCAUCUCCGAUAAAAACGAACACAUGCUGGUUUCAGAUAAAAAACACAAUAAAAACAGAACGAGGGAUUUGCAUUGUUCGAAAAAGAUUUGUGAUGCCAUAACAGUGCUACAUUUAGGCUUCUUAGAAUACUCUCAUUACGUUAUCACAAUUCGCUUUUAUGGCUUAGAAACUAUUGACGAAAAAUAUCAGAUAACAGAUGUAUUGUUUCAGUUUCAGAGUUAUAAUCCAGCUUAUACCAAAAUGGAAAUUUGGUUUCGGAUGAUAUUUUUAAUUGUCACGUUUUACGUUACCUGUUGGUUUUCUCACAGUUUACGUCACUUUAUCCAUCACGAUUGGUCCUACGAACAGAAAUGGAUGUUUGUUUUACUUCCUCUCCUCCUUUUAUAUAACAAUCCUAUAUUUCCAAUGUCGUUCCUGUUUAAUAGUUGGCUCCCCGGCAUGUUAGACGUUACUUUUCAAGCGUCCUUUGUUUCUGCCAUGCUUUUCUUCUGGUUAUGUGCCUAUCACGGAAUUCGUCAGAAUAAAAGAAAGUUCCUAUCCUUUUAUUUUCCUAAGUGUAUUAUUGUCGGAUUGCUAUGGAUUUCGACUGUAAUACUCACCUCCAGCCAGAAAUAUCACGAAUUACAAGAUCCGACCUUCGACUAUCACUUGGACAUCCAAAACUUUACGGGUUUCAAAAUUUUCUUUGGAAUCGUGUGCAUAUUUUAUUUUUUAUAUCUUGCCUGUCUAGUGGUGAAAGCUUAUACAGAAGUUCAUUCCAUGCCUUACUUUGAUCUUCGUCUGAAAUUUCAAACUUUCACCAUGAUAAUAGUCAUCCUGAAUAGCGUGACUAAUAUGGUUUUAAAUAUAAAAACCUCCAUAUUAAAGGAUAACUUUAUGGCAGACUUCACCCACAACUACAGUAGUUCGGCUCAAUUUUUAUCCUUCUACGGUCUUUUAAAUUUUUAUUUGUAUAAUAUGGCCUACGUAUACUCGCCGCCCGGAAAUGCCGUGUUAGAAUCUAGAGUAAAGGAUAAUCCUGCUCUUUCGAUGAUUGAUGAUUCGGAUGAAGAAGUCAUUUAUGGAUCCGAUGCAGAAGGCAGACUGUUAAAUCCUGUUCAGCCGGGUCCUGACAAAGAAGAAAGCGACUGAAACUGCACAGACGGUAGAAAAAUAGUUUGCCAGCAUCUAAUUUUGUCACAAACUGCACUAUUCAUCUUUUGUAAAUACUAUUAUACGUAUUGUAAAAUUCAAUAAUCAACACAAAUAAAAAAAAAACUUAUCUCCA